AAUAAAAAUAAAAAAAAUUCUUACGGUGGUAAAGGCCGAUCAGCCCGCCGCAGGCGCAGGUGCCGCUUAAGCCGCUAAUGGCGUUCCGCUUCCGCUCUCCAUCCCAAUUCCACCGACGGACGCGAAGCCCAUCUCCUCUCCCCUCCUCUGCUCUGCUCGAUCGCGGCCGUUUCGCUUCGAUCGUCGUCGUCGAUACCCUAGCAGCAUGUCAUCUUCGGAUAGCCCAAAAGUGACCGAAAGGAAAGCUGACAAGGACCAUGACGACAAUAAUGAUGGAGAGGGGGGAGGUUUCUUCGACAAGGUAAAGGAUUUCAUUCAAGACAUUGGUGAAAAGAUUGAAGAUGCAGUAAGCUUUGGAAAGCCUACUGCUGAUGUUACCGGGAUCCACAUACCUCACAUCAGCCUUGAGAAGGUAGAGCUGAUUGCUGAUGUUCUCAUCACCAACCCAAACCCCGUGCCGAUCCCUCUCGUCGACAUCGAAUACUUGAUCGAAAGCGAAGAGAGAAAGCUCAUGUCUGGGACAAUCCCUGAUUCUGGAACCAUACAUGCUCAUGGUUCAGAGACAGUGAAAAUCCCUCUGCUACUUAUUUAUGAUGACAUCAAGAGUACAUAUGGGGACAUCAAGCCUGGGAGUAUCAUUCCAUACAAGAUCAGAGUUGUGCUUCAUAUAGAUAUCCCGGUCAUCGGAAGGAUUUCUAUACCUCUGGAGAAAAAUGGUGAGAUCCCAGUGCCUUACAGACCAGACGUUAAUGUGAGUAAGAUCAAGUUUGAGCAGUUCUCCUUUGAGGAAGCAACCGCAACACUCCAUUUGAAUCUUGACAACAAAAAUGACUUUGACCUGGGACUGAAUUCUAUGGAUUAUGAAGUGUGGCUCUCUAAUGUGAGCAUUGCUUCUGCUGAGAUGAAAGAAACUACAAAUAUUAAGAAGCAGGAGGUAACAACCAUGAAUUUACCAAUCAGCUUCAGGCCCAAGGAUUUUGGCUCUGCUAUGUGGGAUAUGAUAAGGGGAAAGGGAACUGGUUACACCAUAAAGGGGCACAUUGAUGUCAAUACUCCUUUUGGACACAUGAAAAUACCUAUAUGCAAAGAGGGUGGAACUACCCGCCUUAAGAAGGGAGACGAUGAUGACGACGACGAUGACCAGGAGUAAAAGGUGAUAGGGAUAGAGAAUUUUCUGGAGCAGAAAUUCUUUCAAGAGUGAGCCCUUUGUAUAUGCUAGCCAAGUUAUUAUCUCUGCUUACACUAUCUGAUGAACAUGCAAGCUUAAACCUUGUAUUCCACCAUCUUUUUUUUUUCUGUAUUUCUGGUCUUGUAACUAUGCUCUUGUUGGUAGUUCAUUUGUCUGAUGACAACAUGGGCUGAAGAAUAUCCAAAUUUUGUCAACAAUGCAAACGUUAUUCUGCAUCGAGUUUUAUCUGCUACUAUCCAAUGUAUUUGUUUAGAGUCU